AUGGGUGUCCGGCAGGUGAAGACAACGUCCUACCAUUCUCAGUCGAAUGUGACGGACCACUGGAAUCGAGAUGUGAAGCCACUACUUGGGGCAUAUGCCCAAGCGCAUAACGACUGGGACGAGCACCUAGAUGCGAUCUCCUUCGCCCCAAGAACGAGUGAAAACCGUUCGACGGGUUUCACGCCAACUUUCCUGAUGUUCGGGAGAGACCUCCAGACGCCAACGGACACAAUCUUAUCCAAAUGGACAGAUUCAGCCGGCGCAAGAACACCAAUUGCCGACUAUGCACGGAGGCUUCGUAAUCGCCUGGCAAACGCCAUGAUAGAAGCGAAUCGCAACCGCGCAGGGGCAAGGGCGAGUCAAAAGGCCUCCUAUGACCGAGCGCAUCGGGACAUGGAAUUCCAAAUGGGAGACCUAGUCCUGAAACACAACCACACGCUCAGCGGCGUGAGCGCAGGGUUUGCUGCUGGUUUACCACCCAAAUGGGUUGGACCCUUCGAAGUUGCUGAGAAGCUCUCGCGACUUAACUACAAGCUGAGGGAUCUGAACACAGGUCGUAUCAGCGGACCAAUUCACGUCGGUGAGCUGAAGCGGUACUUCCGGAGGGAAGGCACUGUGGAAGCUGCGGCGCCUGCGCCGCGAACCCGUGGGCGGGCAAGCGAAUGUCCAUCGACCCCCAUGGCGCACCCCUACAAUACCCGCAGUCGGCAGAACAGACUGUAG